AUGGCAUUAGUGCUGACAAUAAUUCGUCAAUUAUUCCAGCCACGACUUUGUGAUGUCACAGCCAGUUACCCAUUUCUGCUGUUGGCAUCUACGAGGUUCGCACAUCCGGUCUCCGACGCCUCUCCUGUCUCGACCGAUUCGGAUCGUCAAGUUGAUCUGACCUGUGCAACUCGUGUGGCUCGCAACGCCGUCCGAGUUCGCUCGACCACCUCGGAACCGACCCAAUUCCGCUUUCCCCCUCAACGCCCAGAUACACCGGGUCAGCAGGAAGAGGACGAAAAACAUGCAGUCUAUCUGGUGCUUGUAUCUGGUGCAGCGGCAGAACUCCUCCCCUGGUCCCUCCUUCGAGUCACCUCUCGCCCCGACGACUUCCUGUUCGGCCCCGUGACAACGUCAGAGAGAGAGAGAGAGAGAGAGAGAGCAACAAUUGUUCUCUCGUCGAACUUCACCAGCGUGGGAAGCGGAUGUCGUUUACGUGUGCUGUGCACACACAAACACGCACAAACAUGCAUACAGGCAGGCGAACGGCCAACAACAAAGCCUUUGUCCCUUCAUACAGACAGUAUCGUCGAGAUGUCCAGCUGCAAGUGUGACAAGCGUUCACACUUGAAAAGGAGCCUGCCAACCGUUCUCUUGUCUUGCCAAGGCAUUACAAAAGCACACUUUAGAAACGUAACAACAGGUCAAUCGAGAGAAAACAAGAUCAACUGGGUCAGCACAGUGAUUAGUUGA